UCUUGUUAUUUUCUCGCUUUCUUGUAUUAAAACCCUAAAUCUCCAAGCGGUCGACGGGAUUUCACCUCCCGGGACUUGUUAUUAUCCGUUUCCGGCAUCACGAUAGGGGAAAACCCUUAUCAUCCUCGCACCUCAUCUCGGAAGAUUGCACGAGGUUGCCGUUGGCGUAGGCUCUGAUUGUAUCUGAAAUUUGGCAGACAAUGCUAAGUAGGAGGCUUCAUCAUGUGCAUGAUAUUCCGCCUCUCCUUCUCGUCCCUCCACUGGUACGAUUCUGCGCUGCAGACGUAGUCAUGGCUUUGAUUGUAUCUGACAUUUGGCAGACAAAGCUCAGUAGGAGGUUUCAUCAUUUGCAUGGUUUGCUGCCUCUCCUUCUCCUUCCUCAGCUGACAAUGCUCAGUAGGAGGCUUCAUAAAGAGCAUGAUUUGCCGCCUCUCCUUCUCGUCCCUCCGCUCGUAUGGUUCUGCGCUGCAGACAUAGUAACGGCUAGGAUUGUAUCUGACAAUUGGCAGACAAUGCUCAGUAGGAGGCUUCAUCGUGUGAAUCCGCUCGACGUUUCUGCACUGCAGACGUAGCCAUGGCUUUGAUUGUAGCUGAUUUUUGGCAGACAAUGCUCAGUAGCAGGCUUCAUCAUGUGAAUGGCCUGAAAUCUCUCUUGAUUGUUUGAUGUUAUAGCUGUCUCUGCAGCUUCUACUUGUAGGGUUUUGUUUGCAUUGGUUU